AUGGCUGAGGCAGUUGUUUCCGUUGUGCUCGAGAGUGUCAGAGACUUCACCAUUCAGGAAGCCAAGUUCUUGUCUGGAGUCAGCCGUCAAGUUGAAGCUGCACAAACUGAGCUAGAAUUCAUGCAGGGAUUCCUCAAAGAUGCAGAUGCAAGACAAGGACAAGAUACAAGAGUCCAGAUUUGUGUUGCCAAAAUUAGAGAUGCGGCUUAUGAUUUGGAAGAUAUUAUUGAAACUUAUGGCUUGAAAGUGGAUUCCAAGAAGAAGAAAAGAGGCCUCAAGAAUGUAAUCAAAAGAUUUGCCUGCUUCUUCAAGGAAGGGCUUGAUGUUCACAGGAUUGGGGCAGAAAUUGAGAGUAUCACUACUAAAAUUUCUGCGUUGAGAUCGAAUUUGCAGAGUUAUAACAUAAAGGAAAUAAGGGACAGGGACAGCAGUGGUGGUGAAUCUUCCUUGCAAUUGCAUGAGAGGCUAAGGAGAAGUUAUUCUCAUGUUGUUGAACGUGAUGUUGUUGGGUUAGAGUCCAACGUUGAAGAAUUGGUUAUGCAUUUGGUGAAAGAUGAAAAUCGUCAUCAAGUUGUAUCUAUUUGGGGGAUGGGCGGUUUAGGGAAGACCACCCUUGCAAGAAAGGUUUAUCAUCACAAAAAAGUAAGGCAGCAUUUUCAUAGUUUUGCUUGGGUCUGUGUAUCUCAACGUUUUCAAGUCAGAAAUGUUUGGGAAGGAAUUUUAAUUGAACUCAUUUCUGCUACCUGGGAACAAAAACAAGAAAUUAAGGACAUGACAGAUGAUGAAAUAGCAAAGAAGCUUUUCCUUGUUCUGCAAAAAAUGAGAUGUUUGGUGAUACUUGAUGACAUUUGGAGAAUCAACACAUGGAAUCUUUUGGAAUUUGCAUUUCCAAAUGUGGAAACAGAGAGCACAAUACUGCUUACUACACGGAAUCAAGCAGUAGCUUCGCUCCAAAAUAGAAAUGUUUUUCUCCACAAACUCCAGCCACUCAAUGAGAAUGAGAGUUGGGAACUACUUGAGAAGAAAGCAAUACCUGCAAGGGCUGAAAUCGACUUGGGAAUGUACACAAAGAAGAAAGACUUAGGAACGAAGAUGCUUCAAUAUUGUAAAGGUUUGCCAUUAGCCAUCAUUGUGCUUGCCGGAGUUCUAGCUAGAAAAAACUCCAUUAGAGAAUGGGUGAGAGUGUAUGAGAAUGUUCGUGAAUACAUAAACAGAGGCAUCGGACAUGAAGAAGAAUAUGAAGGUGUAUCACGAGUGUUGGCAUUAAGUUAUGAUGAUCUACCGUAUUACUUAAAACCAUGUUUUUUAUAUUUAAGUCAUUAUCCUGAAGACUCUGAGUUUUUGGUGAGUGAAUUGACUAAGUUAUGGGUGGCAGAAGGUCUUAUCUUCUCGAGACAACAAAGACAUAGUUUGUGGGAAACAAUGGAGGAUAUAGCACGUGAUUGCGUAAGUGAGUUGGUAGAAAGGUGUUUGGUUCAAGUGGGAACAAGUGGUUCAACUGGGACAAUUAAAAGUUGUCGAAUUCAUGAUCUUGUACGAGACAUGUGUUUGUUAAAGGCAAAAGAUGAAAGCUUUCUCCAAAUUAACUAUUCUUUGCAAGAAAAUACUUCUUCUAUGGCAGCCCAGGCAUCACAAUUGGGGAAAAUUCGAAGACUUGCAAUUUACGUGGAUGAGAAGGCAGAUAAUUUGGUUUCUUCAAGAGAUGAAACAAAUGGGCACGUAAGGUCUUUAUUAUUCUUUGUCCCAAGAGAAUGGAGGCCAAAAAGUGAAAAAGGAUUACUAUCUCCGUUGGAGGAUUUCAAAGUGCUUAGAGUUUUGAAGGUUGAAGGUCUUCGGGCAAGAAGAGUAGAGUUGCCAAGUGAAAUUGGAAAUAUGGUACACUUAAGGUUUCUAAGUCUGAGGAUUAGCGAAAUAAAAACGUUUCCGCCAUCCCUAGGGCCAAUCGCAGAAUUGUCGAAAGAGCUCCACAACUAUCCAAACCUCACCAAGUUAGUAUUGUGGAGGUGUGGUCUCAAGGAGGACCAAAUGGGAAUACUAGAGAAGCUGCCAAACCUAACAAUUUUGGAGCUUAUAGGAGAAGCUUUCGAGAAGAAUACAAAGAUACUGGUUUUCUCCAAAGGAGGCUUUUCUUCUCUUCAAUGUCUUAAUGUUUCUGUUACAGACCAAAUAACAGAGCUGAGGGUAGAGGAAGGAGCCAUGUCUCGUCUCUGUCGAUUGGGAAUUAAAUAUUACAGGGGAUUGACUACAUUUCCAGAUGGGCUGAGAUAUCUUACUAAUCUCAAGGAAUUAACCAUCAGAGGGAUGCGUAGAGAACUCCACCGUCGGAUUGAGAAAGAUGGAGAGGAUUUCUAUAAAAUUCAACAUGUACCUUCCCUUGUAAUUGGAGAACCAGACGAGGACGACGACUAG